AUGGGAAGUCUCAAGCUCAUCCGGGAUGCGUUCGUCGCGGCCGAUGACUUCUUACACCCUAUUCUCGCUCGAGGCAUGCAAAUCCCACGCCCCAUGAGCUUCUUGGGAUCGGAUGUCAACGAUGACGCCGCCAGGACAAGCGUCAUCGGUCAGGCACUGGAUAUCCUGACCAGAAUCCAUGUAGCCUUUGUCUCGCCUGUGGAUGAUCCUGACGUAUCCCAGCAUCAUGGUUACACUAGUGGAGAUCCUGCUAUGGAAGAUGCAAAACGGCGGCGAACGUUGCAUGCAUUAUUGGAUCUCAUCUCCCUUGAGGGAAUCUAUCCGUCUCUUUCAUCCGGCGUCGGAAUUCCCUUGCAGCAGAGAGUGAUAUCCGUACUCCCAGCGGGUGUGAUUGCCAAGCAAGCCCAGGAGCCUGCAAGAAGUGGUCUUCACAACGAGGCCCUUCUACGCCGGAUAAUGGACAUGCUUUCCAGUAUCCUCUUUGAUGCACGCCAGAGCAUUCAACCCGUCAUUCGAGGCCGUAUCUUGAGCGAUGUCAUCAGCGGCCUCUCGGACCUUGCAUUUAAUCCCAAUAUCCAAUCUUCGCGAAGUCAGGAAAGAUACGGGGAAGCACUUGCAAGGGUCAUUGAUGAUUUCCUACAAGCGGACACCAUACAAUGGUUCAAGUCGACUGUGUCCAGCCAAAUCUCUCGAGUUCCACUCCGCCCUGGAGGGGUGCUCCAGACCAUCAUGUUCAUGGCUGCUCAGUUCGCUCCCUCCCUGGGACAGGAAGCCCAGUCCCAAGCCUCUAACGGGCCUCAUAUCACGGUUCAGGCCAUUAUGCAAAUCUCACGGCUUCUUUCCUCAGUGCCCCAAGAUGUUGAUCCAUCACUAUACUUCAAGACCAUUGCUCCUCAGCUUCUUGCUUUGAUUGACGGCGGUGAUCAAGAUUUGCAGAAGACGGCGUCAUAUAUCAUUGGCAAUGGAAUUCUCGGAAAGCGAGCUUAUGGGGCUACUGGGACGAUUGGGCAUUCUAUCUUCGUCGAACCGCUUUUCGCCAGUCUGACUGGGGAGCUUAAGGAUUCAUCCACAAAAUGGAUGAACCGAUUUACAGACGCGGACGGUACUGUCCAUCAAGCCCCAAAAAGGAAGUUGCCUGCGGGCACACUUGUGGAUAGUGCCACAGUUGAGUUGGCCAUUAACAGACUGAGAAGUCUCGCCCUUCAACAUCCAAAUCCCGGCCUGGUCAAGAGAGUUGUCUACCCCAUUCUUCUCCCACUUUGGGGAUUGGCCUGCUUUUGCAAAGAACAGGGAAUGAUGAUAUUUCACGAGAGGGCCAUGGCUCUGCUGCAAACAUACUUCAGCAUCUCAGUUGGCGCACAGCCUUUAAAGAAACUGGUUGACAACCUUCUCUGGGACGGGGGCUCGACCUGGACAUACGCCAAAAACUCAAACGACAGUGUCUCUUUGAUAGAACGGAAUGAAAAUCGAAACGAGGCUUCAAAUGUGAUUAAAAUGAUGGACUCGCUACAGAGCCGGACGGAUCUUUUUGUCAGUUUGCUAGGCUCCGAUCCCAGCAGCGAAGAACGGACUGGCGAUAUAUUCCUCCACGUGAGCGAGUCCUGGCUUGUGCAUCCCACCGGUACUCAGCAGAUGCACGAACCGCCCAAGACGUCGCUGGGUGAUGGUGACAGUGAGAACCUCAUACAGAGAUUGGUUGUUGCAAAGGUCUCGGAGAAGCUGCUCGACAAUUUCCGCGAUAUGCUCUCACGCCGCCCUCUUCGAGUACUGGAGCUUAUCAAGCAGGUCAUCAACGGGGAGCUGCAGAGGCUGAAAUCCCAGCUGAGACCACAGGGGGCCGGAAAAGUGUCACUCUCCUCGCUGGCCAACAUCAUCCACAAGGAAGAGGGCCAGGAGAAGGGUCAAUCUGACAAUGAAUCCUUCGAGUCACUCUCGACCGCGUUCAGCUUGCUGUCCACCGUGCUGGCCUCUACUGAGUUCGCUACCUCGCAAGAAAUCAAACCGUUGCUCGAGUCGAUUAAGGAUCAAUUGGAUCAACUUAUCCCCCUGCUCCCUCCAUCCCUCUCAAAGCCCGGGACGACUUCCUCCAUGUUACUUGAAAUUCAGCUCACACAUCCCGAGCACGACGAUACCAAACCCGCACCGGCACAUAUAUCCGACCUCGAAACGCAUCGCCAAGCGCUAGCUAAUCUCAACUCAGAACUCCCGCCCGUGCAAGCAGAGGGAUUCUCUCUUCUGUCGACGUUGAUCAUGAAAUCGUCUCCCGUGCUCGAUAUCCCCGCGACCCUGACACUUCUUCUCUCUAUCAUCGCUGACACAUCCGAGUCCGCGGCAAGCGAAGAGUUCAUCUAUCUCAACGCUAUCAAAAUAAUCGGCACACUGGCAUCGCGACAUCCACGAACGGUGGUCAAGACACUGGUAGACAGCUAUGCCGACAGAAGCGAGCAGCGGAGUCUUGAUCAGCGCUUGAAGAUCGGCGAAGCCUUGCUGCGAACAGUGCAAGAUUUGGGCGAUGCGCUGGCAGGCGAGACGGCAAAGAUCCUCGGCGAGGGCAUGAUCGCCGUGGGCGGACGACGAGGCCGAAAGCCACAGACCCAACGAAGUCGGGCCGAACAACUUGCAAAGGAGAAGCGAAAGAAAGAACAAGAAGAACCCGCCAUGUCCGAGGGAUGGUCCAUGACAUCUGGGCCUUCUGCCGCGUUGUCCGAAGUGGAUCUCUUGGAAGGUGACGACUCGGAAACCGAAUGCCCCGAGCAAACCGCCCAUGCCGCGAACAUAGUCGCAGCCUGGGCAGCGGGCGCCUCAUCGGACGAAGACCCGGACGACCUUCGCAUCCGCGCUUCUGCACUCUCGGUCCUUGCAUCUGCCGUGCAGAGCAAUAUCAUCGGCCUAGGCCCGGACAUCCUCUCCUCAUCCGUGGAGCUAGCUCUUGCAACACUAACACUCGAACCCGCCCCCGAGAGCGGGAUUAUACGCCGUUCAAGCGUAAUCCUCCUUCUGGAUAUCUUGAAGACACUGGACACGACCCGCGAGAAACGCGGUGGAAAAGAUAUCGGCUUUGGAUUCUCGUUGACGGACGACAUAUCCCCUUACCCCUCUUCGCAUGAAGACGCCUCGCGUGGCCCAUCGACUAUCGGUAAUAUACCAUCCAUGCUGCGGACGCUGGGCUUCGUGGAGAGCCGGGAAACAGACAGUAUUACCCGUGGACAUCUUCGCGCGCUGGUUGAGAGCCUGGAGGCUUGGCUGGAGAAGUCGUUGGUGUGGAGGAUCGGGGCUGGAGAUGGAGAUGAAGCGGGUGAGCCGAGGUUGGAAUUGGGGGAUCGGAUUGCAGGACUCAGUGUUGAUCCCUUGGCUGGACAGAGUGGAGGGCAGCGGCCGAGGAUUGAGGAGAUAGAGUGA